ACACUCCCACGAUCCCAGGGAAAGGCGGCCACAGGAGCACAACCCUUUACGAGGCACCAGGGAAGCCCCAGCAGGAAGCGAACACCUAGAAAGCUCCCAGCCAUGCUUGUGCCUUGUCACUCAGGGGGUGACACCCGUGGGGGUGGGGGGACCGGCCACCAUGCCCUUGGCGAAGGUCCCUGCCUUAAAUCCUGAUCCCUGGGACACUCCGAUCCCCACUGGAGCCAGCGCCUGCGGUAGCUCCGAUGAACAUGAGAGUGGAGCAGCACACAUCCUGACCCCUGCCCCACACGGCUGUGCCAGCCCCUGUGACUAUGGAUGAGUGGAAACCCAACCCCGCCACCAAGCCCCACAAGAAGCGGAGCUGGUAUCUUGCCUGGAAGUACAAGCUGAUGAACCAGCGCACGCUGCGGAAGCUGUGCCAGACAGGUGCUGUCCUCUUCCUGCUUGUGACUGUAAUUGUGAACAUCAAGCUGAUCUUGGACACCAGGAGGGCUGCUUAUGAGGAGGAAGAGGAGUCUGCGCAGGACUAUGAUGAUGAGAUGCUGAAUGUGGAGGUCCCUAGGCACCCUGUCAGCAACAAGAAGGUCUUGGAUGUUGAGGUGUAUUCCAGCAGGUCAAAGGUCUAUGUGGCUGUGGAUGGGACAACGGUCCUGGAAGAUGAGGCUCGGGAGCAGGGGAGAGGGAUUCACGUCAUCGUCUUAAAUCAGGCUACGGGUCAUGUGAUGGCCAAGAGGGUCUUUGACACCUAUUCUCCCCAUGAAGAUGAAGCCAUGGUACUCUUCCUUAACAUGGUUGCCCGGGGCCGGAUCCUGAUCUUCACCAUUAAGGAUGAAGGCUCCUUUCACCUCAAGGACACAGCCAAGAAUGUCCUGAAAAGCCUGGGGAGCCAAGUUGCACCAUUCCUGAGCUGGAGAGAUAUGUGGACAUUUGUCGGGAAGAAGGGAGGGGAAGUAUAUGGGGAGAAGCACGCCAAGUCACCUGCCCUAUCAACGUGGGGUGACCCUGUACUGCUGAAGACAGAAGUUCAUCUGACAUCUGUGGAAGAUGCUGAGUGCCAUUGGCCUGACACAGAGUUGAACCGCCGCAGGAAGAGGUUCUGCAGCAAAGUAGAAGGUUAUGGCAGUGUCUGCAGCUGCAAAGACCCCACACCCAUUGAGUUCAACCCUGAUCCUCUCAAAGACAAUAAAGUCUUUGAUGUGCCUGUAGCUGUUAUUGCAGGGAACCGCCCCAACUACCUGUACAGGAUGCUGCGCUCCUUGCUGUCGGCUCAGGGAGUCAAUCCGCAGAUGAUCACAGUCUUCAUUGAUGGGUACUAUGAGGAGCCGAUGGAUGUUGUGGAGCUGUUUGGCCUCUCCGGAAUCCAGCACACUCCCAUCAGCAUUAAAAAUGCCAGAGUUUCUCAGCACUACAAAGCCAGUCUGACUGCAACCUUCAACCUGUUCCCGGAUGCUAAAUUUGCUGUGGUUCUGGAGGAAGACCUUGACAUUUCUGUUGACUUCUUCAGCUUUCUGAGCCAGUCCAUACACCUUCUGGAGGAGGAUGAGAGCCUGUACUGCAUCUCGGCUUGGAAUGACCAGGGGUAUGAGCACACAGCUGAGGACCCCUCGCUCCUGUACCGUGUGGAGACCAUGCCAGGCUUGGGCUGGGUGCUCCGGAAGAGCCUGUACAAGGACGAGCUGGAGCCAAAGUGGCCAACCCCUGAGAAGCUCUGGGAUUGGGACAUGUGGAUGAGGAUGCCUGAGCAGCGGAAGGGCCGGGAGUGCAUCAUCCCCGACAUCUCCCGCUCCUACCACUUUGGCAUCGUGGGGCUCAACAUGAACGGCUACUUCCAUGAAGCCUAUUUCAAGAAGCACAAGUUCAACACAGUUCCAAAUGUCCAGCUUAAGAAUGUGGAGAGCUUGAGGAAGGAUGCCUAUGAGACCGAAAUUCAUCGGCUCCUGGGUGAGGCUGAGGUCUUGGACCACAGCAAGAACCCCUGUGAGGACUCCUUUGUGCCCGACACUGAGGGCAGGGUCUAUGUCAUGUUCAUCAAGAUGGAGCAGGAAGCAGAUUUCACCACCUGGACUCAGCUUGCCAAGUGCCUCCACAUCUGGGACCUGGACGUCCGUGGGAACCACAAGGGGCUGUGGCGGCUCUUCCGCAAGAAGAACCACUUCCUCGUGGUGGGGGUCCCUGCCUCCCCCUACUCGUCCAAGAAGCCCUCAUCUGUGACACCAAUCUACAUGGAGCCCCCCGCCAAGGAGGAGGGGGCAGUGGCAGUGCCAGCAGUUGCUGCAGCAGAGCAGACGUGAGACUGGCAGCGGGGAAGUGAAGGGGACCAGGGGAAGCCAGAGACCCCCAUGGUGCAGAGUCAGAGGCAGUUCUCAGAGACUGAUGGCUGGACACACGCUCCCAUUUCAGGCUGCAAAAUGAGAUCUUGGGUUCCCUCCAGCCCCCUGUUGUGGUCUCCCCACUCUCCCUCGCAGGGGAUGGGGAUUCCUCCCUGUAGAUACGCCACCUCCCAUCCCAGGAACUUCCUUUUUUUAACACGGACUACUAACGCUGCUCCCUGUGCCCCCUCGCUGGGCAGGGCUGGAGGAAGGAGAUGCUCAAUUGCAGACUGGAGGGGGCCUCAAGAAAUGCCUCAGCUUCCCCUUUUGGUCCUCAAGUCCUGAGAAGGCAGCAUGCUCAUGUGCAAGUGCUGCAGCGUAUCAGCUGGGUGCUAUUUAUUAACUCUUGCCUGGCUGGUUCUGUGCCCAGAGGUGAAGAGGAGAUCUUCCAGCAUCUCUUCUGUCUGCUGCACGAUGGAUGCACCUUGAAGACUGUGUGCUGGGUUGGGCAUCUCCCUGCACACUGAGUUUAGCUGUUAGGCUGCAGCAGCUGGUGCAGCCCAGCUUGUGGCAAAAGGGAAAUGCUGAAGAGGAGCUGAAUUUACUGUGGGAAUGAAGGGGACGGUCCAUACCCAGCACGAGGAGCUGUCAGGUGCCCCUUUCCUUGCUCUGCAGUUCAGGGAGCUGGAGGUGGCUGUAGAUGGAAGUGGACCAGGCUCUGUGCUGCGGCUCAGACUGUCCUCACCCACCAUCUCUGGGGGGAGCAGCCCUGUCCCCCGACUUGUGGGAGAGGGGGUGAAAGUGCCUUGGAGAGUGAGAUGUGAGCAGACACAGUCGCACCCUCUCCUUUGGAUGGAGAGAUGCUCCUUGAUGGUCCUUCCCUGUGGUACUGUGCCCUGUCUCUCCCUGUUCCCUGGCCAGGUAGCCCCAUCUUUUGCUGAAAGCAGAGGGGGUUUCUUCUGAAUCCCCGUCCUUAUCUUGGUACGUUGAGGUGAGCCAGAAUGGGCAACCUGGCUCUCUUGCUGUGGUACACCCCUCAUGCAGAGGGAGGGGGUCCCUGUUCCCCCUCCUGUGCCUUAGGAAGGACCCCAGAGCCCCCUCCCAUCCCCAGCCACUCGGUACUAAUGUCUGUCCCCUGCUAGGGACAGCCCUGGUCCUCUUGCUCAGUACAGCUGUCUUAUCCAUGCAGCAAGAGACCUCUGCCUGGUCCCCCAGCACUGGGCAGGGAUGCUACGCUCUGGCUUGCCCUUGGGAGGAGGAUUUGCUGCUCAGCCCUUUCCCUGUGGUCAUGGGGGCUCUUCCCCUUCAUUUUCUCACUGUGAACUGGGCAUCGGGAUCUACACUACACUAACUUAUUUAUUUAUUGCUUGUGGGAAGGGGAGGAUAGCAGGAAAGCAGCAUGGAGAGCUGGCAGCCCCCAGCCUGCACAGGGGCAGUCACAGGAGGUCUAUCUCUUGUCCCCAGCUUCAUCCUCUGUUCCCUUCCUUCCUCCAUUGCCCAGCAUAGGGAUGAGUAGUUGUGAACCCAGGAAAUCUGCUUCUGUGUGGCCAAAAAUGAGCCCUGUGUGAACACAGCACAGGUCGAGUGUGACCCAGCAGCAGGGAUGGAUGCAGGAAGGGAACAGGAGGGUGCAGGGUGGCAUCUUGAGACUGUGAUACUGGGCUCAACCCUGUCCUCUGCCAAUACCAGCACUGCCCUUGGCUGGGGCUCUGCUCUGGCAGCAUGGGUAGAGCAGGUCCUUUCAGCACGACAGGAAAGGGACAGGCUUCUUCCCAGGGAAAGCAGCUUGCUCCCCAUACCCUGCUUUGGGAAGACUUCUACAGCUCUCCACCAUGAUGCCCUUUCCUCAGCAUCUCUGUUCCCAAGGCCCAGUUUCCCUCCUUCCUGAAACUAAAUGCACCCCUUUUCCCUUCUCUGGCAGGGCUCAGGCUUGCCUUCCUCUUAGCUCCUCCUGGAGCUGGGAAGAGUGGUCCCAUGGAUAGGGAAUGGGUAAACCCAAGCUCCCCUGCAGCAGCCAGGGGCUGGGGCUCCCUUCUCAGCAACAGCAGGAGUUGACUGGUGGGUUUCAAGAUUCCCAUUCUCCACCCACUACAAUGGGCUCUCUGGUGCUGUUCUCCAUCCUUCCCUGUUCUCCCAGUAAGGCUCUGGUGUGGUGGCUGCGGUGGGGCUGGGAGUGUGGGCAUCCCGGGACUUGCUGCUUUCGGAAUUGAAUUAUUUUUUCAGGAGUAAACAUUGCAAAGCUGUUGA